CUUUUCCUUCCACCGUUAAAAUCGCUAGCAACUUCUUCUUUCUAUUUCUUUCUCUCUCAACAUUCUAACCUUCCACUCUCACUUUUCUUUCCCUUCCUCACGAACAAAACCCUAAAUUUUCUUCCAUUAAUCUCUUUCGAUUCUGACAGGUGGCGGUUGCGGAGGAGGAAGCUUAAUCGGCGGUGGUGAAAAACUCGAGAUCGUUUUGUUGCGAGGAUCUGAAGAAAUCGUUCAGCAAAGGCAUUGGCAUCACUGCGCCCAGGGCAAGGACACGUGAUAAGCUGUUUUGGUUUAGGGUUUUAGAUCACUAAGGUGCUUAAUACGCCAUCGUUUUUGGUGGCUUGUUCGGGAUACUAGUUUACCAUGACUCGCAUCUAUGUUCAGCGUGGUUCCUCCGCUGGUGGUACUUCUCAGAACCCUAAUCCUAACUCUAACAACCCUAAUCAGAACCCUAACCAUAGCCGUGCUGGGUCUUCUUCCGUCGCCCGGCCGGAGCAGGGAGCACAGGUUCAAUCGGCUGCUAAGGAUGAGGAAAGUGUAGAGGAGCAACAUAAACUGACUGUUGGUGAUGAGAUUUUGGAGUAUGCUGGGACAAGUAACAGGACAAAGAGUGAUGAGCUUUUUAUGGAAAGUCUUCGUUUGGAGGAGAGUGAUUCACCUUUAGGCAUGGAAGUGUUGGCUGAUCUUCCCGGGAAAGAGGUUAAAGAAGAGGUUGAGGGUUCUCAAGAAUCAAUCAGAGGGUUGACUGGAGAAAGACAACCGAUAGAGAACGAAGGCUUGUGUGAGGAUAAUCCUGUUAAUGUUGGUGGUGGUAGUUCACAUCCUCCACCUCCACCUGUUCCACCUCCAAAGCCUUCCGCAACUAACUUAACUUCAAGAAGAAGUGCAUCAGGGUCUCCUAAUGCUGUUAAUGCAGGAUCACCAAGGAGAACAACUGUGUGGCCUGUUGUUUCAGCUAGGUCUUCCCCUGCUGGGUCUCGGCCUUCAUCUCCCAAGGCUCAUAGUGAAAGUGAGGGGUAUAAUAGUGCUGAUGAACAGAAUCCAUGCUAUGUGUCCUCUUAUGCUGAUGCAGAAAGGGAGCGGCAGUUUGAAAUUGAUAUUAAAAGGGUUAAAGGCUAUGAAGUAAAAAGAAUGACAGCAGAUGGCAACUGCCUUUUUCGUGCUGUUGCAGACCAAGUGUAUGGGGACUCAGAACUGUAUGAUUUGGUUAGGCAGAUGAGCAUAGAUUACAUGGAGCGGGAGAGGGAUCACUUUUCUCAAUUUAUAACAGAAGGUUUCUCCUCAUACUGUAAGAGGAAGAGAAGAGAUAAGGUUUAUGGCAACAAUGUUGAGAUCCAAGCCAUGUCUGAAAUGUAUAAUAGACCUAUUCAUAUAUACUCCUACUCCACAGAGCCUAUCAAUACAUUUCAUGGAAGCUAUGACACUGAUUCACCACCAGUACGCCUGAGUUUUCAUUAUGGUAACCAUUACAACUCCCUUGUUGACCCACGUCGUCCAACAACUGGUGAAGGACUUGGUUUCAGCUCUCUUCGUGGGACAAACGCUGACAAAGAUCAAGUCAAAGCUGCUAUUAAAGCUCAGCAAGAUCAACAAAUUGAUAAUGCACUAUUAGCUGAGGGGAGGUUUUACUCUGAUCUUGAGCUCACAGAGAAGGAAAUUGAACGCUCUGUAAUGGAAGCGUCUCGAGCUGAAUAUCUUGCUGGUGGUACAUUAAAGCAUCAACAUGGCCAUCGAGAAUCGUCUACAUCAACUGCUGAGCCAUCUUCUUCUGGAGCAAGAUCGUCAGGUAGUGAUCCCAAGAUGGAACACGGGAAAGAGUCUAGUCUUAGCAGCAGCAUGCAUAUCUUACUAUCGAUGGGAUUUAGUUACCUAAAAGCUAUCGAGGCUUACAGCAUUUUUGGGGACGAUGUUGAUUCUAUGGUUUGUUACCUGUUGGAAACUGGCAGCAGUAGCAGACGAAAAGGAAAGGCUACUGAAUGACGAGAGACUGAGUUCGAUAAAAUAAACCAUGGAACUUUUACUUUUCAAUUGAUAUCCAAAUCAAAUAAAUCACUAUCUUGUAUUCUUGUAUGAUAUUUCACGUCAAGUUCUAUUAAAAAAAUCACUUAACUUUGGUAUA